AUGUUCAGGUAUGUCCGCCAGAUUGUGGACGAGACACUAAGAUGUGCUGUUGUCGCCCCAUUCGCCGCUCGGUUUCAAGAUUUUGAAUCGGAACUUGGCGGGCACAAGAUUACAAAGAAUACGCCUGUGAUCCAUUCCUUAGGUGUGACAAUGAAAGACGAGAAGUAUUGGCCACUCCCAAAUAAGUUUGACCCAGACCGUUUUAGCCCUGAAAACAAGAAGACUCGACCUCCUCUCACCUUCCAGCCGUUUGGAUUUGCAGGGAAACGUGUUUGUCCAGGUUAUCGCUUUGCUUAUGCAGAGGCAACAGUCUGCCUGGUGACCUUGUUGGGGAAUUUCAAGGUCAAAUUAGUGGAUGACGAGGUGAUCAACCCUGUCUACGGACUAAUCACUCGUCCAGAGAAGGAAAUAUGGAUCAAAAUUGAAAAGCGAUAA